AUUUUUAUACGCCAUAUUCGCAAUAGUGCUUCCAUGUCGAUAUAGGUGACAUCGAUAAGACAAUCUGUGAACGAAAAGUGUAAAAUAUUGUUACUUUCAUUUUUCCUUUUUUGUUCUAAGAUUCGAUAACCAAGUAUCUAACAAGGUAGGUAUAAUUGUUAAAAAAUAAUAAGUGCCGCUACAAUAUGGAUAAAAUAUUCCGUACCGUUACUUUAUAGUAAAUAAUUGUAAAAAUGUUUAUUGUACAUAAUUUAUAUAGUAGUAAAUUGUGGUCUCUGCCUACCCGAGGAAGGUACGAUUUUGUGUAUGUAUUUAAUUUAUACAGCACUGAUAAUAUGUUUUUUAGAUGUGGAACCCCGGAAACGAAAGCGUGCCCAAUGAUUUCAUUGAUAUCCUCAACGAUGAGGAGUCUGAGUCAGAUGAAGAGAUCGUUGAGGAGGAAAUUGAACAGGAGGGCGACCUAGCAGCGCAAAUCGACCAACUGAACCUAUUAUCUGGAAGUAAUAUUUUCGUGGUGCAGAGCGACGGAACUCUGGCUCCUAUGGCGAGGCCAGAACCCAUAUCAGACGUUGUAGCCAGCGAUACCGACGAGGAAGAGGAGCAAGCCGACGAGUUAGUUUCAUGGGCUAGUAGCAGAGUUUUUUCGAUAAUCAUUAUACUGCCCAUAACGCAUCGACCAUAAUAUAUCGAUUUAUCGAUAUAUUAUCGUAAGACAGUUUAUGUACGAGAGUGA